GGAAGAGACGAUGACAAGCGAAAACAGUUGUACGCGUAAAUUAAUUUUCGAGGGGACGACAGGCGAACUCAAAUUCCCCGUGUCUUAAAGCGGCCCGGCUGCUCUUUAACUACAGCAGGCUCCGCAUACAGCAGCCACGGAGAGGCAGCGGAGGGACUCGGCAUCUUUAGCUGCUGUAUCUGCAACGGAAGAAAGAGAAAGAGGGAGAGGGAGAAAGACAGGGAUGCGAGGACUUGAAAGGAGAUAAAUAAAACGUAUUCGUCCGGUUUUUUUUUUUAUUCUCGUCAGCAUGGGGUCUGUGUUCAGUUAGCAAACGCCGAGUUGAACCUGAAUUUGUUUGCGGCUCGUUUGUGGGGGCUGUAGCGCCUGUCCGUGAAAAUGGGGAUAAUAAUAUGCAGAUAGGGCGUUUUAAAGUCCACCUUUUGUCGUGGACGGUCGGCUAACGUUAGCGAGGCUUUUCCCGACACCGGACCUGGCAGGUUUGUGUGUGUGCCGUGUGUAGCUAGCGUGAGUUUAGCCGAGGUUGUGUGCUCGUGUUUCUUCGCUUUUCGAGCCAGCUCUUCAUAUCGGAUGUAAUCUCGCCUAUGCCAUCCUUCCCAGCGCUGUGAGGGGCCUCUGCUGGCAAACUGCGUCACCGAGUGGGCGCUGCAGGUAUCCGUCUCUGAAUCUGCAUGUUGGAAAGUCUGGCCAUGGCACGAAUGACCCGGGAACCAAAGUGACAGAACUUUUAAACCGUCAUGGAGCCGGAGGCUAAUUUGAACUCCGAGGCCCGCCAAGAACUGAAACAUCCAUCCGUACCCAACUCUCAGUGUGAACUGGCCAUGGGUGAUGGAAACCUUGUGGACUCAGUAGUGAGAGGUGGGAGUGACCCCAGUGCAUACCCUUUGUCCAGCUAUCAGAAGAAUGUGCACCAGAGAUUCAUUAGGAGAAGUUUGUGGUUUUCGGACACUGAUGAGCAGGCUUUUGAAGCACUGGAAUGUGAUAACAGGAGUAAGAUCCUUAACAUAAACCUGCGAACAAUUGUGGACAGGACUCGGGGGACUAGUUGUGGGAUACAAGAGGGUUCCAGCACAGAAAGUCAAGGUGGGCAAAAAGACAGUGCCACAGAGAGCGCCAGUGCUGAUGAAGAGAAGGAAAAGGGUGGAGAUGCAUUAAAUGUUACGUGCAGCGAUGGUGCUAAAACUGCUAUCAAGGCGGCCAGUGAGGAGAAUGAGGAGGAGGCAGAGAUGAAAGCAGUCUCCACAUCUCCAGGAGGACGGUUCCUCAAAUUUGACAUUGAGCUGGGGAGAGGGUCCUUCAAGACGGUUUACAAAGGCCUGGAUACUGAGACCUGGGUGGAGGUUGCCUGGUGUGAGCUGCAGGAUCGUAAGCUGUCAAAAGUGGAGCGUCAGCGCUUUAAGGAGGAAGCAGAGAUGUUGAAGGGUCUUCAGCAUCCCAACAUUGUCCGUUUCUAUGACUUCUGGGAGUCACCCCUUAAAGGGAAGAAGUGCAUUGUUCUAGUAACAGAGCUCAUGACGUCAGGGACACUAAAAACCUAUUUAAAGCGUUUCAAGGUAAUGAAGCCCAAGGUGCUGAGGAGCUGGUGCAGACAGAUCCUGAAAGGCCUCCACUUUCUCCAUACCAGGACCCCACCCAUAAUCCAUAGGGACCUCAAAUGUGAUAACAUCUUUAUCACUGGACCUACAGGGUCGGUCAAAAUAGGGGAUUUAGGACUGGCAACACUCAAGGCAGCUUCCUUUGCCAAGAGUGUCAUAGGCACCCCUGAGUUCAUGGCUCCAGAGAUGUAUGAGGAGCACUACGAUGAGGCUGUGGAUGUCUACGCCUUUGGCAUGUGUAUGCUAGAGAUGGCCACCUCAGAAUACCCCUACUCCGAGUGCCAGAAUGCUGCUCAGAUCUACCGCAAAGUCACAAGUGGAGUGAAGCCAGCCAGCUACAACAAGGUCAUGGAUCCUGAAAUCAAGGAGAUUAUUGGGGAGUGUAUCUGCCAAAAGAAAGAGGAGCGGUACACCAUCAAGGACUUGUUGAACCAUGCUUUCUUUGCUGAGGACACAGGUGUGAGGGUAGAGCUAGCUGAGGAGGACGAUGGGAAAAAAGCCUCAAUAGCCCUCAAACUGUGGGUGGAGGACCACAAGAAGUUAAAAGGGAAGUACAAGGAGAGUGGUGCCAUUGAGUUCACAUUUGACCUGGAAAAGGAGGUCCCUGAGGUUGUGGCACAAGAAAUGGUGGAGUCUGGCUUCUUCCAUGAGAGUGAUGCUAAGACUGUGGGAAAGUCGAUCAGGGACCGCGUGGCACUGAUCAAAUGGAGAAGAGAGAGAACAGUGUCUGCUGCUGCAGUUGCAGUGGAUCAGGGUGAAGGAGGACAAAAGGUUCAGGUGACACCGUCUCAGGGCAUCUCUGUUGGGGCUGCACAUGUGGGACAGCCCCCUUUGCUGGAGCCAGAAGAGCCAGAGGCAGACCAGCACACCAGGCUGUGCAACCUACCAGCCAGUGCCACCUCAGUGACAUCAGACGGCACACUUGACAGUGGCAUGGGCUCCACUGUGUACUCAGACUCCCACAGCAGCCAGCAGAGUGUCCUCUACCAGUCCCUGCUGGAGCCUAUUACUAUGGCAACGCAGCAGUGUCAGAGCAGUAGGCCUCUUCUGACAGAUCGGCCUCACUCCUGUGAAAAGGGUGAAAUAUGGAGGGCAACGCUGAGCCCAGAUCUCAGGAUUCGAUUGGGAGCUGCAGCCCGGAGAGGAAGUGCGCCUGUGAUUGACACUCACAGGGCAAACCACAUUGCUCAACUCCAUGCCCUCAGUCAGUCUCAGAGAUCGAUCAGUCCCACACCCACAGUACAAGAGAACCAGUCAGAACUUAGCCCCUCUGAGUUUCACUCAGAGGCUGAGGAUGGGUUCACCUCCCAGAGAGGUCUGCCACUGCUGCAGGUCUCCCCUGUCUCCUCACCUUCUGAGUACCGCCGCCUCAGUGACACCAGCAUCAGACAGCCAUCAGAGGCCAGUGAAAACUUAACACUGCCUGUGCCAAGUGGACGCAGACACUCUGACCUUAGCAGUCUUCUGAGUGUAACCUCUCACCAUAACCCCAAUUUUACAAUGCACAAAAACCACAUGUGCCAGGCCUGCCUCUCCUUGCUGCUUUUAAGGUCACGAGAAGGGAGCUACCGCCACCCUUGUGUUGUCAUGCCAACACACCACUGUCCAUGUGACUUGAGACACUACCCAUCCCCUGGUGGGACAUUGACCACCCCUGGUUUUGGACGGCUGAAAGGUUCCAGCGAUUGCUCUGAUUUCUCGCUGCUGCAGAAGUCCCUGUUCAAUAUAAUCAGCCGCAAAACAGCCCCUUGUCACACAACAACACCCACCCAAGCCUCACUGCUGCACCCCUCAGCUGCCCACAGGCCGGCCUGCAGUGAUGGUGACAGCUGCCUGAAGAGUCAUCUCCUGAAUGGCAGUUCAGUUGGGGACCAAGAACCCCUCCCGGUCAGCGAGGAUAAAUUGUGUUCCAGAGAGCAGCAAGUUACUGGGGCUGUAGGAGUGACCAGUUCCGCAGGUCACCAGAAUCAACCAUCUGUCCAGGGCCUGCCUUCUUCCAACACAGCAGUGCACACACCGCUGCAGUACCUCCAGCCUGGCCACAGCUACCCUGCUACUCCCUAUACCGGGCAACCCAGUGGUGCAACACCAGCUGCAGCUGGCCUUUGUUUAGUCAACAUCCAGCAUCCAGGCAGCGCUGCAAGCUACGCACCUCCAAGUGUGCAACAGACCCAAGCUGCAGCAAGUAUUUCAGCAACAGCUGUGCCACAGCAUGUUUCACAGGGCCACCAAGGACCAGGGCAUCAACAGCAGCAGGCAACGGCAGCAAGCUCUUUAACUUUUCCUUUGCAAGUCCAACAAACAUGCCAGAACUGUGUGGCUCCAACUCGACAACAGGCUCAGUCUACGUCAGGAUAUCCUACUCAAGUUCAGCAACAGACGACAGCAGCAGCAGCAGCAGCCACCCUGCCAGCACAAAACUACCCUCUGGCAUCUGUAGCCCCAGCACCGUGUCAUCUUGCACAAGCUCCCAGCGCACUGCAGCACGUCCAAUCCACAGUCAAACUGCCAAGUCAGCAGCCUGGUCAGAGCUCCUCCACACCAGCACUUUACAGCCAACAGAUGCCCGUUCAGCAAGAGCACCAACAGCCCCUACAGCAAAAUACUCAAUCCAGUAUGCAACAAACACAAAAUGCUGGGCAGGCUUAUAUUCAACCUCAACUCCAGCAUAACCAAGAUACUGUGCAUCCCAUACACCAACAAAUGGCACAACAGCCUACCCAACAGUCUCAAAGUCUUCAGUCUACUGGUCAGCAACAAUUGCAUACCCAAACUCUGCAGCAGCGCGGUCAGAAAGCCAUGCAAACUGCAGUUCCACAGCAGAGCCAGGAUGUGUCCCAGUCUACAGUCCAACAGGUUCAGACCGCAGCUUCUCACCUUCAUCCCACAGCAGCCCCAGUUGUGCAAGUUGCAGCCACACCUCAGAAUUACCCUGCUUCAGGUCUACCUGAUGCCAUGUCUCAGAGCUAUGCACAUACUGCCCUCAAUGCGCUGCAGCAACCGACCGCUCCAGCUCAGAGCCAGUACCAGCCUGCACAGUCUACUGCUGCUCCACAGACCUAUGGAGGAGCUACCCAGAGCCUUCCACCCUCUUCCCAGCAUAGCCAGGCUGCACAUAUUGCCCAACAGUUUCAACCCUAUCUUUGCAUCGCUGCAUUCCUGAAUCAGAAUAUUCCUGCUGGUCAGAGCAUUUCACAGCUUGGACAAGAUGGACAGGGCCCUGGGCAGAAUCUCACCCAGUCUGCUUCCAGUAUGCUGGCCCAGGUACUUCCUCGUCAACAGUCAAUGGCUCAGACAACUGUCCAUCAACAACUCCAACCUCUGCAGAUAUCAAACUCCUUACCACCAACACAUGCAUCCCAGGCUCCCCAGCAGGCCCAGGUCAGCCAUCCUGAGCUUGCCCCCUCUGCUCAACCAGUCCAGCCUGGUCUCUUCUCACCUGUGCAGAGUGGGACUGACCCAGGCACAGCCACUACUGCUGCUCAUCUAGACAACAAUAGUCCAUGCCAGCUGGCCCUGCAGGCCCAGGCCCAGAGUCAGGUUCAGAGCCAAAUUCCUGUGCUGCAGCCCUCUGACUCUCAGAGAGCAUCAUCUGGGUCUGCCAGUUCCAGUCUGACUCAGCAGAAACAUCUCAGUAGUCUAACAGGAGCUGCAGGUCUUGUCCCAACAGAGACCAGCACGGAGGAUCAAGCCGCAGAGAAACACACUGGAGGACAGAGCUACGACAGUGUCAACUCUGAUGCCACGUCAGGGAAGGAGAUGAGUGAUGGUUAUGAGGGUACACAUGGAGGUAAAGGUGAAGGGAAAGUCCGCAAACACCACCGCAGGUCCACGCGCACUCGGUCUCGUCAGGAGAAGAUUAGCAGGCCAAAGCUCAGCAUGCUCAAUGUGUGUAACACCGGGGAUAAGAUGGUAGAGUGUCAGUUGGAAACUCAUAACCAUAAGAUGGUCACUUUCAAGUUUGACCUGGAUGGAGAUGCACCGGAGGAGAUUGCUACAUACAUGGUGGAGAACGAUUUCAUUCUACCUCUGGAAAAAGAGGUCUUUAUUGAACAGCUGAAGGACAUUGUGGACAAAGCUGAGGACAUGCUGAGUGAGGACACAGAGGGUGAGAGGAACUCUGACCAGGGAGGCAGUCCCAAACAAAGUGAAGGAGCUGACACGCUGGGAACAGAGGCUUCAGCACCCAGCACCCCACAGCAGGUGUACCAACAAAAUGUCCUCCAUACUGGCAAACGCUGGUUUAUCAUCUGCCCUGUAGCUGAGACACCCGUGCUAGAUAAAGAGAAGACAACAUCGCACUCCUCUACAGCCCAGGAAUCUGAAAAGUCUGAUUCAUCGUCAGUCAGGCCCAGCAUCAACACAACUGCAGUGAAAACCCCAGUCGCAUCUUUAGCUUCCCAAAGCCCUUCCUCCUCCUCCUCCUCCUCCUCUCUGCCCCCUGCUGCUCAAACCUCAGUGCAAGCUUUAGAGAAAAACACUGGCAAACCCCGGGUCCAGCAGACUCAGCCCUGUGUAACUAAACAUGCCCUUGCUGCUGGUGUCAGCCAUCAGAACUCCCUUCCUGUGGAAGAACCUUGCAUCUCUGCUGUUUCUAUGGUGACGGACAUGCCCUGCUGUGCUAUUGUGCCACCUGUGUCUCUGGAUGUGAAUGCCAUUGAUAAAGGAGCAGCUGGUCGUUUGGCCUCGUCUCAAACUAAUCAGCCCAAUGAGAAGGCCAGUCCUACUGGAGUCCCUCAGCUGGCCUCCCAUCAGUCUGUCGUCCUGCAGCAGCCCUAUGCCACACCAAUGCAGCCUGGGACAGUGACCUCACAGCCCCAGAGUCCAGCACAUCAGACCUCCCAGAACUCCCAGUCGUCAAGCCAACAGCAGCCAGCAAGUGGGGGGCCAGGAGAGUCAGAUAGUGAGGGACCACGCAGGGUGGAGUUUGUUGACCGCACCAUCAAGACUUUGGAUGAGAAACUGAGAAACCUGUUGUACCAGGAGCAUGCUCCCUCCCAGCCUUCAGGCACAGCAUCUGACCCCCAGGCCUCCAGCACAGAGGGAGUCAGCUCCCCUCCAGUUUCAGAUGGCCAGAGCUCUGAGGGAGCACUUACAAAGAAGAAGGCUGACCCGCUGCCUCAGAUUCCUGAGCGUGCAGAUAGUGUGGGUGCACUAAGUGACUCUGCAGUGGCAGCCACCAGCAGGGUUUUGAAAGGAAGAGAUGAGACUGCCAGCUCCACUCCACACAGCUCCAAAAGCCGUUUUCAAAUCGUCCCUACUCCACCGGAUGUCAUUUGUCGUUUAGAAAAAAGCAAGACAAGCUGCAGCACCUGCAGUUCCCCAGCACCCUCUAGUGGUUCUGGAGGGUCUCACAGCCAGACCCAGGGCCCAAGCAGGAAAGAGAAGAGCUGUGUGGCUGUGGGCAGGUCCUCUGUGUCAGCUGCGGCUGAUAAUGAGAAUGCAGGAACAUCCAAACCCCACAAUAGUAACCGCUACUCUGCCCCACCAAACUUCUACCAGGCCACCCCCACUUCCAGCCCUGAUGUCACCCCACGCCAUAUCCCACGGGCACAGACCAUUGACACUCCGACCCAUCACCACUACCACCAACCCUCUCACCUCUACUCUGACUCAGCAGAUGAGGACAGCAGCAGCAUAGCUCUCCCUCCGGCCCACCCUGCUCCCCCAGCUCAUGCCCUAUCUGAACACAGUGGUAGCGACCUCAUGAAGAGGGCAGUGGCCUUCCUGCGGCGCUCUGGUCGGAGCAAAAGUGAGCAGAGCUCUGAUUCACCAAGCCGACAACCCGUGGCAAUGAAUGGUCACGGUCCCUCGCCUUCUGCAGGGCAUGCUCACUCAUCCUACAUCAGCAGUGACAAUGAUUCUGAGUUCGAGGAUGCAGAUAUGAGGAAGGAACUACAAAAACUAAGAGAAAAACACAUGAAAGAGAUCUCUGAGCUGCAGGCGUUCCAGAGGAGUGAGAUAGAGCGUCUGUACAAGGAGCUGGGAAAAACUCUGCCCCCCAAUGUCGGCUUACUUCAUGCUGCACCCCCAAGCGGCCGCAGGCGUAGAGCCAGCAAACACAAGCUGAAGGCUGGAAAACUGCUCAAUCCGAUGGUGCAGCAGCUUAAAAACAAUCUUAACACGACCACUGAGAGGAAAGGUGAGAGUGCUGCCAGUUCAUCCGGCUCCCCAGCUAAAAGUUCAGUUUUGUCAGAUGGCUCUGCCCACUCCAGUGGCAGCUCCAGCUCCAGCAAUCAGCCCAACACCGCCCAAGAGCAGGUCCACACACAGCAACCCUGUUCCCUGAAGGGCUCUUUUUCCUCAGACAACAUCUACGCUGGGCUACAUGGUGACGGAAUGGCCACCCAAGCAGGCCCUGGCCAAGGGUCUUCUCUCAACACCACCACAGCUCAGACAGCUUCCAGUCAGACACAGCCGUCACUGACCACAGCCACACCCUCACCAUCUCCUCAGCCAAUCACACGGCUUGCUCAGGUCCAGACAAACAACAGCAACAACAAGAGAGGUACGUUUACAGAUGAUCUUCACAAACUGGUAGAUGACUGGACGAAGGAGACCGUUGCGGCAGCCAAUCAGCCGCGACCCUCCCUGAACCAGAUCAGACAGCAGAGACGACAGCAAGACUUGGAAUGCAGAGCGCCGCCCAUGGGAGCAGCUACACAUGAGAUGAAAUGUCAUGUUGGUCCCAGCAAGUUCCAGCUGCCUCUGUCCUGCCCCCUGACUGCUGCUUUAGGCCCAGGUAUGCCCACAAGCCUAGCUCCCAACUCCUCAGCAAUUCUCCCUCCUGGGUACCUUCUGCCAGCAGGCUCCUACGGCGGAAUGGUUCCCGGUCCUCUUUACCCUCAGCAGUGGCCCGGCAUGCCUAGUCCUGUAGGGUCCAUGGGUCCUGUAGGGCUGCUUGGUGCUGCUAGAAUGAUGCCCUAUUCCACAAUGGCAAACCCAGGGAUCCAAGCCUACCCUCUGGUCAUGCACAACCCUGAGAAUGGCCCCUGUCCAAAAACCACUAGGACUACCUAAUCCGAUAACUAUAAUUUGUUGGUGUGUAUGGCCAGGGCAGGAUAGUCCAACUCCACUCUGUUCUGGUUCACCAGAGCCACAACUGUACAUAAUCUGAUGUUGUAAAUAACAUGACAGAGUGUUGUUAUUCUUUAUACAACACAUAUAUCUGUAGUAAACUGUGUAUGUGUGGGUGUGCGUGUGGGCGUGUGUAUGUAUGUGUGUAUACUAUACAGUACAUGUUAAGUAUGUCUGAAUACCUAAUGCUUUUUGGCUUUGGUCUUGACUAAACUCAGCCAUACAAGACAUAUUGUUAGCGUUCAUGAAAACAUUUCACUAUAUUCUUUAUUACUGCAGUUUUCACAUUGAUUUUGCCUUUCUCUGUGUUAUGUACACUUUAAACACUACAUUGGAAUCCAAAUACCAGUGGUUUGAGAAACAGAAACAGGACAGUAUUUAUGAUGAAUAUAUUUGAAGGAAUGUAGUGCCUUGAACAUUGAUUUAUAAUUUUCUUUUCUUCUGUGAAACAAAGCAUGUCUGCAUCCAGGUUAUUUUAAUUGAUGGUAGCUUGAGUGCAGUCUCUUUUCUUUAAUGCAUUACAGACACUUUUGUUUUUGGUUUACAUAUGAAUGCCCUUGUAGUACUGCACUAUUAACACAGUAUAUGCUCUUAUUUAAAUAAUAAAAUCAUGUUUUAUCCCUUGUUUACUUUCCACCCCUGUGACAGAUGGAAUGCCAUAGUGGUGAGUUGUACCGUUGCCUUGCAGAAACAAAUGGUUAAUGUACGACUGAUGAGAAUGAGGAAAAAUAAUUAUGCCAGCAGCCAAAAUCCACUCUUUCAGGUUGAAUGGUUCAGUUGGACACGGCCUCUUCUAGAAAAGACAACAGAUGUGUUGCACAAGCACAAGUGCUGGCAGUGUUGUAGCCUUGUGCUCAAAGGCAGUGUCCAGAGCCAUAUGUACUGUACAUAGUUUCCUCUACAGUAUAUGCCUCUGGUAGUGUUCUGAUCAGAAUGUAGCAGUUAAUAUGUGAUGCUUGAGGCUUAAAAGUGCAAUUUAACCCCUCCACAAAGCUUUGAUCGUGGCCUUGCCACAAGCCUUAUCUCUGAUGUGUGCAACAGGAGCAAGCUGAAAAGUUGAACAAUGUUACAAUCACCAAGCAACAGACAGAAGUUACCAGGAAAAUUAUAAAUAUUACAAAUCACCCAGCAAACUCUGAGUUCACUACUGCUAAAUGUAAUUUCAACUUGGCUAUCCUAUUACUCAGCAUACACUGUAUGUAAAAUGUCCUGUGCAAUCACCAGUUAAGUCUGAUGUUUUUAACUUAUUUGAUGUUUAAAGCUUGAUUUUUGAUGCUGCUAUCGUCUUAGGUGAUUCCACUGUACAGUUAAACAUUCUAUUCACACAAGAUGGUACUUCAGAAUAAAAGACUUCUCAAAUUAAAUUAACAAACGAGACGCUCACAAAGCAGUGUUAUUGCCUUGUUAAAAUUUUGAAGAUGUGUUGGUUUCCCAGGUUGCUUUUGAUGACAGUCUAUUUUUGUUCUUGUCAGUAAUAGAUUGCAAAAUUCAAAAUGAUACUUGAUGUGGGAGAUUUGCACAACAGAUAGUCUCCCUCAAUUGUAACCUAUGUUAAGGCGUUUCCAGCACUGUAUAUUGUGGGUUUCACCGCCUGUACUUUUUUUAUCACUGACAAGCAUGGCCAACUUUUCAUGUUCCACAAAGCAAAGAUAAACAAUACUGCUACCGUGGUUAGAAAUUUCACAUCUCCACAACACAUUUGAAAAGUUUCAGCACCCCAAUCCUUCCAAGCUGUGAAUUGUACAGUUUUCUUGUAGUUUAUAUUUGUACAUUUUGUUUGUUUGACUGUUUAGGGGUGGUGGUGAUGGUGGUGGUGUUGGAGGGGUUUCUUUGAUGUAUAUUAUUCCAUCAAUUCGGUUUGAAUUGGACUUUUAUAGGAUAUUAUGCAGAGUCUUCUGCUUUGGUGAAAUACUUCCAGUAGUAAGAGAUUUCUGUUCUCUGUCACUUGUAUCUGGUAUGUUUUGUUCCACCUCCCUUCCUGCUAACUCAUUGUGAGCAGAGGAGGGAAUAACAAUUGUUGCCAUAUUCAUUUGGGUGCAGUGACAAAACCGAGGGCUGAAAUGCACAGAGGAGGAGCAGUCCUGACACUUCCUACUCUGCACAUCUCACUUCUCUCUGAACACCAUUGCCCCCUGGUGAUUAUGCUCUGGUUGUCAAAGGCUUGUAUUUAAACUGUGUGGGAUUGCUUCUGCCUGCUGUAUGUCCCACUGCAUUACCCCACCCUACCCUGCUGCACUCUAAUCACAGACUGUAUGUUGAGAGAGAAAUAAAUAUUA